AUGGCCAGAAGCAGGCGGGGCCGGGCUCGGGCGGCAGCCGGCGGCGCCGGCGCUGGCGGGGGGAGGCCGGAGGUGGUAGGCGGCGGCAGCCAGGCAGAGCGGCGGCGGCGGGUGCCAGCGCGGGGGCGCGCGGGCCUGCGGGCGGUAACGAAGGCGGCCACCGGCGCGGAGGCCUACAGGCGGCAGUGGAGGCGAGCUGCAGCUUCAGGCAGUAGUGGGGGAGGGGGGAGUACGACGGCAGCAGGCGAAGGCGAGGCGCGUGGGCUAGGCGUGGGGCCGGAGCAUGGCGAGGCAGGCGUGGGGCCGGAGCAUGGCGAGGCAGGCGUAGGGUGUGACCGGGGGCGGUGCAGCGCGUGCAGAGGAACGGCCGAGGCAUGUGGAGUGGGCGCGGGUCGCCGCCGACGAGCGAGCUGCAGGCAGUGGAGAUGGGCGGAGCGGGCGCGAUCGGGGGCCGUGGCUACGGGUGUGGGCGGCCGCGGCCGGUGCUGGGCGCAACCGCAAUGUCGAGCGCCGUGGCGGUCGAAGCAGAGCUCGAGGAAUUCCUCGCCUCGCGACGGGUUCGAGCCAACGAAAUGUGCAGGCAACACCUACGGGUCACCAGGAGCUCAUCGGCGCAAUGCAAAUGAGCAGAGAAGCUCAGAAGCGUGGAGCUAUUCGGCCGUAGCGGCGGCCGGAGCACGGAGCUCGUGGAACUGCGGCCAGAGGAUGGGAGCGACGCCUAGAGGAAAAGGGAUCGACGCGGAGCUCACAUUGAUGCUCGGGGAAGGCUCGAGGGUGCCGGGGACGGUCGGAGCGAGUAGAUCGACGCAGUGGCCGAGGAGGACGCCGGCGAAGGGAACGGAUGCGGGCGGCGUCGCGGGUGCUCCCCGGCUUCGAUCCGGUGAUGUGGUCGACGGAGAAGAACCCGCCGGGGCUCCUGGACAGCUCGGAACAACGUGCGGUGGCCGGUGGCCACAUCUACGAUUGCGACGCGGCCAUGGACGCGUGCGGACGAGCUUGGGUUCGAGCGUGGGAGGCGAUGGAAAGGAGGAAAGUGUCUAG